AUGGCGCCGCCAGACGUGGGUCGCCAGCUGGCCCGGCUGAUUGAGCAGCUGGCUCGCGGCGAGCUCCCGCUCGUGUGGAUGGAGCAAUGCGCAUGUGCGCCAGCGCCAAAGCCCCGGCCGGCCCCGGCGCCGGCCAUCAUCGCCCCGGCGCCUCGGUCGCCAUCGCGUCCCAAGCGCCUGACCACCACCCCGGUGGCCGGGGUCAGGUCGGCGAACUUCUCGCCGCUUUUCUCCGCCCCCGACGGGCCUCCCCCGGAGACACUCGGCCCGGACUCCCCCCCGGGGGAUCUCCUCCAGCGCCGGCUGACAGAGCGCCUGGAUGCCGUGACUUUGGCCACAACCACUCCACCGGCCGCGGGCCCGAGCGCAGCCGGGCGGGCACCGGCGAGCCCCGCCUGCGCCAGGACACCGCGACUCCCGACGGCCGGGCGACUCCUGCUGCCGGACUUCGGCCCGGACCACCGGCCGGCCCUGCAAGCGCUCGACACCGGCACCCAGGAGGCUCUGCCUCUGGCGGUGGCCGUGGCCCUGGGGGGCUCGGUGGGCGCCGUGUCGGCUCUGCUGGGCGCCCUGCAGGUGAUCUCGCACUUGAUGCGCCUGGCCCCGGCCGAUGCGGUGUCGGCCGCCGGGUCGAGCUGCCCGGGGUGCGCCAUGCUGCUGGCCACCCUCGCGCUGGGGCGCCUGAUUUUGCGCGCCCUCCGGCUUGCCGGCCUCUGCCCGGUGCUGGCGUGCCUGCUACAGGUGGCCGGCACCCAGCUCCGGCCCGAUCGCCAGCCCCUUCCCCUUCACUGGCCCAGCUUGGAGACGCUGGCAGGGCACUCGGAUGCCGACCUGCUGGGGCUGCUCCGCGUGGCGGCCGCGCCGUCGGCCCCCGGCGAGGGGCUCGACUCUUCAGCCAGCCCGAUGGCCCUCUGCUUGGCAGUCAUGGCCGGGAGCCUGGGCUGCUCCGACCCGGACCCCCGGCCGGAAGACCCCCCAGCCGACAUGCUGCCCGACGGCGGCCAUGCCUGGGACACCCCCUCGUCCACGUUCGGUGCGUGCGAUUCCCGGUCCCGGGCCGAGCUGCCCUUGCCCCGUCCGCGUCCCGCCGGCUCUGACCCAACCGCUUCGCUGGCGCUGUGUCCCUCUCCUGGCCCCGCCUUUCCCCGGUGA